AUGUUACCACGUACUUUCAAGACAACAUUACCCGUGUUAUUAUCUCGUCAACAUGUACGUUUUUACUCAAAAGUAACCAUAUCUAAUUAUGAUUCAAAACUUAUUGAUUAUGUUCAUAUGGAAAAAACAAUUGAUAUAACAAGAAAAAGACUUGGUCGUUCUCUUACUUUGACUGAAAAACUUCUUUAUGGACAUCAACAAUAUAAUACAGAUAAUAAAGAAUAUUUAAAAGUUCUUCCUGAUAGAGUAGCGUGUCAAGAUGCUACUGCUCCUAUGACUUUACUUCAAUUCAUGAAUACUGGUCUAUCUCAAGUGGCAAUACCAACAACUGUUCAUUGUGAUCAUCAAGUAGAAACACAAUAUCACAAUCGAAAUCGUCCUUUAGCUGAUCUUGGUCAUGCUCAAUCUUUAUUACAUCAUGAAGUGGAUACAUUUUUACAAUCAGCUUGUGAAACCUAUGGUAUUCGUCUUUGGCGUCCUGGAAGUGGUAUCCUUCAUCAAAUGGUACUUGAAAAGUAUGCUUAUCCUGGUGCUUUAAUCAUUGGAACUGAUACUCGUAUGUCUCAUGCUGGUGGUUUGGCUACUUUAGCUUUUCCUGUAGGUGGUGCAGAAGCUUUGGAUGCUAUGAUUGGUUUACCUUGGGAACUCAAAUAUCCUCGUAUACUUGGUGUUCAUUUGAAAGGUUCUUUAUCUUCAUGGGCUAAUCCAAAAGAUGUCAUUCUCAAGAUCAGUACACUUUUGGAUAAUAAAGGAGUAGACAAGAAUACCAUUAUUGAGUAUAUGGGAAAUGGAAUAGAUACCUUAUCAUGUACAGGAAUGGCCACUAUUUGUAAUAUGGGAACUGAGAUUGGUGCAAUGUCUUCAGUAUUUCCUUUUAACGACAACAUGGAUGCCUAUUUACGAGCUACCUCAAGAAACAAUAUAGCUGAUCUUGCUCAAACCAUUCGUCCUCAGUUACUUGAAGCAGAUGAACAUGCUAUAUACGAUCAUAUCAUCGAUCUAGAUUUGACAACAUUGGAACCUCAUAUCUAUGGACCUUUUAUGCCAGAUAUUGCUACUCCUAUAUCCAAAUUUAAACAUAUCACCAAACAACAUCAAGAAGAAUGGUCUAUGAAUAUUAGUGCCGCUCAUAUUGGUUCAUGUACAAACUCAUCUUAUCAAGAUUUAGCUCGCUCAGCUUCUUUGGUUCAACAAGCAUUAGAAAGAGGUUUAUCAUUCAAGUCCCCGGUCUCUGUGACGCCUGGAUCUACACAAAUUCGUGCUACCCUUGAUCGUGAUGGUGCCACAAAAUCAUUCAAAGAUGCUGGUGCUUCUCUUCUUGCUAAUGCCUGUGGACCUUGUAUUGACUGGAAUGAAGAUAGACCUCAACAUGUUGCCAUUGAAUUCGAUCAUCCUGAUCAUCAUCAUCAUCAUCAAGUUCAUGAUCCUGUUUCUAUUAUAUCCUCUUAUAAUCAAAAUUCAACUGGAAGAUUGAAUGGAAGACCCAAUACACAUCACUUUAUUACAUCACCUGAAAUUGUGACGGCAAUGGCAGUGGCAAAUAGUUUACAAUUUAACCCCUUGACUGAUUCACUGAUUGGCAAAGAUGGUAAACCUUUCAAAUUUCGUGCACCUCAUGACGCUAGCAAAGACGGGAUUCCAACACAUGGUUUUGUGAAGAAUGAUGAUGAAGAAAGAGCAAGGUUUUAUCAAGCACCAUUGGAAAACAACAACAAAAAGAAAAUCGAUCCUAAUACUUUGAUUCCGCCACAGUCAACAAGGUUACAGAAACUCUUACCAUUUACACCUAGUUUUCGAAUAAACGACAAUACGCCAUUUGUUAUUCCUAUCUUAUUCAAAUCAAAGGGUGUAUGCACAGCAGAACAUAUAUCCAUGACAGGACCUUGGUUGAAAUAUCGUGCUCAUUUGGACAAUCUUUCUAAUAAUCUUUUGAUUGGCGCCAUCAAUGCUGAAAAUGGGAAACAAAAUUGGAUCAAAAAUAGAUUGACUGGACAAUAUGAUGGGAUCUCUCAAACAGCUCGACAUUACAAACAACACGGUAUUCCUUGGGUGUUGAUUGCGGAUGAAAACUAUGGUCAUGGCUCAGCAAGUGAACAUGGUGCUUUGGAAUCAAGGUAUUUAAACGGUGUGGCUAUCAUAGCAAAGUCGUUUGCACCUGUCCACGAAAUCAAUCUCAAAAAACAAGGCAUUCUUCCUCUACAAUUCACUUCUCCUUCGGAUUAUGACAAAGUUGAUGGACAUGCAUCUGUUAGUAUUGAUAUACGACAAUUGACUCCUGGAAAACCUUUACAAGUAAAAGUGAUACAACCUUCAUCCGUUGGAGAUACAACUAUAGUAUUGGAUUUGGUACAUUCUCUCAAUCAUGAACAUAUUGAAUGGUUCAAGGCAGGAUCAGCACUCAAUUAUAUUAAAUCCAGAAUACAAACUCAAACUGAAUCAGAGGAGACUGUACAAAAGGCGUGA